GUUGGCCGGCAGAGCCCGAGGGUGGUCCCGUACCCAGCCCACAGCCUGUGUCCUGGAGAGCCUGCCCUUCAGAGCGCAGCAGUUGUGUCAAUGGGCUCAGCUGAUCACCGACUGAACCUGGCAGAGAUCCUUUCACAGAACUACGGUGUGCGGGAAGAACGGGAGGAAGAUGAGACACAGGAGAAGCAGAAAUCUUUAGAAGAGCUGGAGAAGAGUUUCAGUGCCUCUCAGAGCAGUGAAAUGCCAUUUGAGGAGCUGCUGGCACUGUAUGGCUAUGAGGCAUCUGAUCCCAUCUCGGAGCAGGACAGUGAGAGCAAUGACAUCACUCCGAAUCUCCCUGACAUGACUCUGGAUAAGGAACAAAUAGCGAAGGAUUUGCUUUCAGGGGAAGAAGAGGAGGAGACACAGUCUUCAGCUGACGACCUGACUCCGUCCGUCACGUCCCACGAUGCGUCGGACCUGUUCCCAAACCAGCCUGGCUCAAACAACUUCCUUGCUGAUGAAGACAAAGAGCCAUGUUCAUCUCCAUGUGCUUCCUCCAUGGCUGAGGAUUCAGAGGUGGAUUCCAUCCCAUCCAACGACUGUAAGAAGGAGAUCAUGGUUGGACCUCAGUACCAGGCCACUGUCCCCAUCCUCCGCCUCAACAGGCACAGGCAGAAAGCCUAUGAGAAUGAAGAUCAGCUGCUUUGGGACCCGAACAUCCUCCCGGAGAGGGAGGUGGAGGAGUUCCUGUACCGCGCCGUGAGGCGGCAGUGGGACGAGCUGGCGGGCAGCUCUCUGCCAGAGGGAGAGGUGGUCAAGGACAACGAGCAGGCCUUGUAUGAGCUGGUGAAAUGCAACUUCAACGCAGAAGAGGCACUGCGGAGGUUACGCUUCAACGUGAAGGUGAUCAGAGAUGAGCUUUGUGCCUGGAGCGAGGAAGAAUGUAGAAAUUUUGAACAUGGCUUCAGGGUCCAUGGGAAAAACUUCCACCUUAUCCAAGCAAACAAGGUUCGCACGCGGUCGGUGGGAGAGUGUGUGGAGUAUUACUACAUGUGGAAAAAGUCUGAGCGCUAUGACUACUUCACCCAGCAGACUCGUUUAGGAAGGAAGAAGUACGUCCUCCACCCUGGAGCCACGGAUUUCCCUGACAAUGACUUGGAUGGGGUUGAAGUAGAAAACACCAGUCGUUCCCGGACCUCCCCACCACUUCCCUCUGCAGCUGGCUGCCUGGACACUCCCUUCAGUCAAGAUCAGAUAGCAAUAGAGAGCACAGAACCGCUGAGCGUGGAGAGCACAGCCUGCAGCCUGGGCAGCAUCAGCGAGUCUGGGCAGGGCUACGAGUGCAGCACUCCCUCGGAGACCAAUUGCUGCUUUGACCCCGCGGAGGAACCGCCCGCGGGCACUGCCUCGUCCUGCCCACAACACGCUGCCGCCCCCUCGGAGCCAGAGCUCUUCGCUCUGCCCCCGGCGGCACCAGGACUGGCAGAGAAGCAGGAGACGUUGCAGAGCUCUGGUGAGACGAUAACUAUGGACUUCACUCUCCCCGCAGACAUUAACGAGGGGUUGCCUCUAAUUGCUGGCCCUGUGGAUUUGGACAGAGACCCAGAGGCAGUGGUGGCCCCUGCGCAAGUGUCCUUAUCGGUCACAGAUUUUGGUCUCAUUGGCAUUGGGGAUGUAAAUAGUUUCCUGACUGCUCAUCAGGCCUGUCCAGCACCUGUGGCUCGGUCAGAGCCUUUGUCACAGUGA